CACAGAACAUCUGAACAGUGAUGCUUGCCUUGGAUUUACAGAUUUUCAUCCUGAUCCCUUGUUUACUUUGGGGUCGAAAAGCUUGCACUCAUUGCCCUCCAUGGUGGCUAAUCUUUUCAAGAGCUUGAUUUUACCUUACAUACAUAAACUUUGCAAAGGAAUGUUUACAAAGAAAUUGGGCCAUACAACCAAAAAAAAAGAGUGGCAGCAACAGAAAAAGGAACAGGACUUCCUUCUGGAGGCUAAAACCAAACCCCCCAAAUUUUCUAAUACCCUGAAAAGCACUGUAAAGAAAAUUGCAAAGUGUUCAUCUACUUACAACUUCUCUACUAAAGAAGUGGAAGCUAAUAAAGAAUUUUCUCUCUCACCGACAUUCAGUUAUCGAGUAGCUAUUGCCAAUGGCCUGAAGAAGAACAUUAAUGUAACCAACAGUGAUCAUGAGGACCUGCUCCAAGAGUUAUCUUCAAUUGAGAGUUCCUAUUCAGAAUCACUAAGUGAACUAAGGACUAGUACUGAAAAGCAGGCACUACCCCCGCCCACCAUGCCGGUCAGACGCAACAGAAAGAGUUCCAGCAGCCUGGCUCCUUCAGAGGGCAGCUCUGAUGGGGAGCGCACGCUCCACAGCUUAAAACUAGGAGCACUGCGCAAGCUGAGGAAAUGGAAGAAGAGUCAAGAGUGUGUCUCCUCGGAUUCAGAGUUGAGCACAAUGAAGAAAACUUGGGGAAUCCGAAGCAAAUCUUUGGACAGAACUUCCCGCCACUCAAAGACAAAUGCCCUGGAGCCAGGAUUCAGUUCCUCUGGCUGCAUUAGCCAAACGCAUGAUGUCAUGGAAAUGAUCUUUAAGGAACUUCAGGGAAUAAGUCAGAUAGAAGUAGAACUUUCUGAACUGCGAGGGCAUGUGAAUGCUCUCAAGCAUUCCAUUGAUGAGAUAUCUAGCAGCGUGGAGGUUGUGCAGAGUGAGAUUGAACAGCUUCGAACAGGUUUCAUCCAGUCUAGAAGAGAGACUAGAGACAUCCAUGAUUAUAUUAAACGCUUAGGUCAAAUGGGCAGCAAGACCAGCUUAAGAUUUUUAAACGUGCCGGAGGAAAGAUUUGAGCAUGUUGAAAGUGUGGUGUACCAAAUUCUAGUAGACAAGCUGGGCUUUUCAGACACUUUAAAUGCUAUUAAAAUUGAAUUUGCUCAGAGGAUAGGGCAUCAGCGGGACUGUCCCAAUGCAAAACCUCGGCCCAUUCUUGUGUACUUUGAAACUCCUCAACAACGGGAUUCUGUUUUAAAGAAAUCCUAUAAACUUAAAGGAACAGGCAUUGGAAUCUCCACAGAUAUUCUUGCUCAUGAUAUCAGAGAAAGAAAAGAGAGAUCAAUACCAUCCUCCCAGACAUAUGAAAGCAUGGAUAUAAAACUGUCCACUCCAGAACCCAAAAUCAAGACUAAUUGGUUGCAACAAAAUGAUAGUGAUGGAGAGCUGGAAUCUGAUCUCAACAAAAACAGCUAUGCCACGCUUUCCAAGUCUGAGUUUCCAAUGAAGGGAAGUUCUUCCAAGUCAAGUUCAAAAUCACACAGUGCUAGAUCCAAGAAUAAAAGUACUAACAGCAGCAGAACUUCAAAUAAAUCAAACUAUUACAAAAAGGGUUCACAGUCACCAGACUCAACUAGAGUGGACCAGCAAACUGGAGCUCAUUACACAGAUGGAACACUGUUCUGCCAUUCUCAGAGUGAUUUUUUCACUGCUAAUCUUAGUCGUUCUGAGUCUGAUUUUUCAAAAUUGUGCCAAUAUUACUCAGAGGACUUUUCAGAAAAUCAGUUUUUCACUAGAACUAAUCGAAUCUCCCUCCUGUCAUGUUCAGACUGGGAACUUUGGCAGCGGAAACAAGAGGGCAUUUUUGCCUUAUUUAGUAGUCCUCAGAAUCAGCCUUCACAUGUAGCUGGGCAGGGUGUUCAAGGGCAGAGUGAAACUGUGAGCACAGAAACUGAUGAUCGUGGAGUGAGUAACAGUCUGGUGUGUGCCUCUGGAAGCCAGAGUCAUAACAGCGAUUCUCAGGUUUCUUUACACGACCUUUCUCCAUGGAAGGAAUGGGAUAACAGAGAGCAAGUAGCUGAGUUAGGUUUGGAUUCAUCUGUUAAGGAAACUGUUGAUUUUGAAACAAACAGCCUCUCUGAUCAACAACUAGAUGUUACCAAUAGAGAGCUGGAGGACUCAGGGAAGUGCCACAGUGACCUUCAGGAAGACUCUGAAAGCUGUGAUUUAACCCAAGAUGACAAUUCAUCUCCAUGUCCAGGGCUGGAUAAUGAACCACAGGUUGAAUGGGUCAGUCAAUAUGAUUAUACCGAAGCUAAAGAACCAUACCCAAAUCAGAACCAGUUGACCAUGAUGUACCGGAGUCAAAGUGAAAUGCAAAGUGAUGACUCCGAGGAAGCUCCACCCAAAUCUUGGCAGAGUCGAUUAAGCAUUGACCUUUCUGAUAAAGCUUUCAGCUUUCCAAAAUUUGGAUCUACACUCCAAAGGGCUAAAUCAGCCUUGGAAGUCGUGUGGAACAAAAGCACACAGAGUCUCAGUGGGUAUGAAGACAGUAGUUCUUCUUUAAUGGGGAGAUUUAGGACAUUAUCCCAGUCAACUGCAAAUGAAUCAAGUACCACCCUUGACUCUGACAUCUACACAGAGCCCUAUUACUACAAAGCAGAGGAUGAGAAAGACUACAGUGAGCAAAUUGAUAGUGAAACUGAUUAUGUUGAAGUGAUGGAACAAGUCCUUGCUAAGCUAGAGAACAGGACCAGUAUCACUGAAACGGAUGAACAAGUGCAGGAAUAUGAUCACCCUUCAUAUGAAACACCUUAUGAAACCCCACAAGAUGAGGGUUACGAUGGGCAGGAAGAUGAUUUGGUGAGCGAAGGGGGAUUGGAACCUUUAAAUGAAAUCUCGGAUGAAAUAGAAAUAGAAGAUGAAAACCAAAACAUUCCUGAGCAACCAGUGGAAACCACAAAGCCAAAAAGACUUCACCCCUCUUUCAAAGAAGCAGCUUUACGUGCCUACAGAAAGCAAAUGGCAGAGUUGGAGGAGAAGAUCCUAGCUGGAGACAACAAUGCUAUGGAUGAAAAGGCACGAAUAGUAAGUGGCAAUGAUUUGGAUGCUUCCAAAUUCGCUGCACUACAGGCAUUUGGUGGGGCUGGAAGGGGUCUUUAUGGCAUUGACAGUAUGCCUGAUCUCCGCCGGAAAAAAACCUUGCCUAUUGUACGAGAUGUGGCCAUGACCCUGGCUGCCCGGAAGUCUGGACUCUCUCUGGCAAUGGUGAUCAGAACCUCACUAAACAAUGAGGAGCUGAAAAUGCAUGUCUUCAAGAAGACCUUGCAGGCAUUGAUCUACCCCAUGUCUUCCACCACCCCACACAAUUUUGAGGUCUGGACGGCUACGGCACCCACCUACUGUUAUGAAUGUGAAGGGCUCCUAUGGGGCAUUGCCCGGCAAGGCAUGAAGUGUUUGGAGUGCGGAGUGAAGUGCCAUGAAAAGUGUCAGGACCUUCUAAAUGCUGACUGUUUGCAAAGAGCAGCAGAAAAGAGUUCUAAGCAUGGAGCUGAAGAUAAGACUCAAACUAUUAUUAUGGCUAUGAAAGAAAGAAUGAAGAUCAGGGAGAAAAACAGGCCAGAGGUAUUUGAAGUAAUUCAGGAAAUGUUUCAUAUUUCUAAAGAAGAUUUUGUGAAAUACAGUAAGGCAGCCAAACAGAGUGUACUGGAUGGGACAUCUAAGUGGUCAGCAAAAAUUACUAUAACAGUGGUCUCUGCCCAAGGCUUACAGGCAAAAGACAAAACAGGAUCAAGUGAUCCAUAUGUCACAGUUCAAGUUGGAAAGAACAAAAGAAGGACCAAAACUAUUUUUGGAAAUUUGAAUCCAGUAUGGGAUGAGAAAUUUUACUUUGAAUGUCAUAACUCCACCGAUCGAAUCAAAGUCAGAGUGUGGGAUGAAGAUGAUGACAUUAAAUCCAGAGUGAAGCAACAUUUCAAAAAGGAAUCAGAUGACUUUUUAGGACAAACAAUCGUAGAAGUGAGGACCCUGAGUGGAGAAAUGGACGUUUGGUACAAUUUAGAGAAACGCACAGAUAAAUCAGCUGUCUCUGGGGCCAUUCGACUAAAAAUCAAUGUGGAGAUAAAAGGAGAAGAGAAGGUGGCUCCAUAUCACAUACAGUAUACAUGUUUACAUGAGAAUCUGUUCCAUUACUGGACUGAAGUAAAAUCUAAUGGUGGAGUGAAAAUCCCAGAUGUCAAAGGGGAUGAAGCCUGGAAAGUUUUCUUUGAUGAUGCUUCACAAGAAAUAGUUGAUGAAUUUGCCAUGCGUUAUGGGAUUGAAUCCAUUUAUCAAGCCAUGACGCACUUUUCCUGUUUGUCUUCUAAGUACAUGUGUCCUGGUGUUCCCGCUGUCAUGAGCACGUUGCUGGCAAACAUAAAUGCUUUCUAUGCUCACACGACAGUUUCAACCAAUGUGCAGCUCUCUGCCUCAGAUCGCUUUGCUGCUACCAAUUUUGGGAGAGAAAAAUUCAUAAAGUUACUGGACCAGUUGCAUAACUCACUAAGGAUUGAUCUGUCAAAGUACAGGGAAAACUUUCCUGCCAGCAAUGCUGAAAGACUCCAAGACCUGAAGUCAACUGUUGACCUGCUAACAAGUAUCGCCUUUUUCAGGAUGAAGGUUCUGGAGCUGCAAAAUCCUCCCAAGGCCAGCAUGGUGGUGAAAGAUUGUGUCAGAGCUUGCCUGGAUUCUACAUAUAAAUAUAUUUUUGAUAAUUGUCAUGAACUCUAUUCUCAGCUAAUAGACACGAGUAAGAAACAGGAAAUCCCUAAAGAAGAUCAAGGACCAACUACCAAAAAUUUGGAUUUUUGGCCACAACUUAUUACACUAAUGGUCACUAUCAUUGAUGAGGAUAAAACAGCCUACACACCUGUUCUAAAUCAGUUUCCUCAAGAACUGAACAUGGGAAAAAUCAGUGCUGAAAUUAUGUGGACCCUUUUUGCUCAGGAUAUGAAAUAUGCUCUAGAAGAACAUGAGAAACAGCGAUUAUGCAAGAGCACCGACUAUAUGAAUUUGCAUUUCAAAGUGAAAUGGUUUUAUAAUGAAUAUGUUCGAGAACUUCCUGCCUUCAAGGAUGCUGUUCCUGAAUACUCCUUGUGGUUUGAGCCUUUUGUCAUGCAAUGGUUGGAUGAAAAUGAGGAUGUAUCAAUGGACUUCCUUCAUGGAGCACUGGGAAGAGACAAAAAAGAUGGGUUUCAGCAGACUUCUGAUCAUGCCCUCUUCUCUUGUUCUGUGGUUGAUGUCUUCGCUCAGCUUAAUCAGAGCUUUGAAAUAAUUAAGAAACUGGAAUGCCCUAAUCCAGAAGCAUUAUCUCACUUAAUGAGAAGAUUUGCAAAGACUAUCAAUAAAAUACUGCUCCAGUAUGCUGCAAUUUUAUCAAGUGAUUUCAGUUCCUAUUGUGACAAAGAAAAUGUGCCUUGUAUAUUGAUGAAUAAUAUCCAACAAUUGCGAGUCCAACUGGAAAAAAUGUUUGAAUCCAUGGGAGGCAAGGAGCUGGAUCCUGAAGCUAGUACUAUUCUAAAAGAACUUCAAGUUAAACUCAGUGGGGUUCUGGAUGAACUCAGCAUUACUUAUGGUGAAAGUUUCCAGCAUAUCAUUGAAGAAUGUAUAAGGCAGAUGAAUUUGGAACUAAAUCAAAUGAGAACAAAUGGAAACACUACGUCUAAUAAGAACAGUGCAACAAUGGAUGCAGAGAUUGCAUUAAGAGCUCUCAUGGACUUCUUAGACAAAACAUUAAGCCUCUCAGCAAAAAUCUGUGAGAAAACAGUUCUUAAGCGAGUUUUGAAAGAACUAUGGAAGAUAGUUCUUAACAAAAUAGAAAAGCAAAUUGUUCUUCCCCCUCUGGCAGAUCAAACAGGACCCCAGAUGAUUUUCAGUGCAGCUAAAGAUCUUGGACAAUUAUCCAAACUGAAGGAGCAUAUGAUUCGAGAGGAUGCCAAGGGUCUAACUCCCAGGCAGUGUGCUAUAAUGGAGGUGAUUCUGGCUACCAUCAAGCAAUACUUCCAUGCAGGAGGAAAUGGUCUGAAAAAGACUUUCUUGGAGAAAAGCCCAGAUCUUCAGUCCCUGAAAUAUGCUCUCAGUCUUUAUACUCAAACUACCGAUGCCUUGAUAAAGAAAUUCAUAGACACACAAACCACCCAGAGUCGCUCUUCCAAAGACUCAGUGGGUCAGAUAUCUGUUCAUGUGGACAUCACUACUAUGCCGGGAACUGGAGAAUAUAAAGUCAUUGUAAAAGUGAUUGCUAUUAAUGACUUACACUGGCAGACAACAGCAAUGUUCCGUCCCUUUGUGGAAGUUUGGAUGCUGGGACCCAACCUCAGUGACAAGAAGAGAAAACAAGGCACAAAAACCAAGAGCAACACGUGGUCACCAAAGUACAAUGAGACAUUUCAGUUCAUUCUGGGUAAUGAAAAUCGUCCAGGGGUCUAUGAACUGCAUCUCUCCGUGAAAGAUUACUGCUUUGCCCGAGAAGAUCGAAUCAUUGGAAUGACAGUCAUUCAGCUACAGAAUAUAGCCGAAAAAGGGAGCUAUGGGGCAUGGUAUCCUCUUUUGAAAAAUGUCUCUAUGGAUGAAACUGGUUUGACUAUUCUUAGGAUACUUUCUCAGAGAACCAGUGAUGAUGUGGCUAAAGAAUUUGUCAGACUUAAGUCUGAAAUUAGAUCUGCCGAAGAGAGUGCUUAAAACAAGUACUUCAAGGUACCAUCUUCAAAAGUAAACUCUUUGUUUGACUAUUGCAUGCACGUGCACAUAUAUGGGAAUGUUUAUUUCACUGUUUCAGUGUUUGCCAGUACUUAAGUGCAAUGUCUACAAAGUAUGCGAAAAUCCGAUGAACUUUUAUACUGUUCUGGUCCUUGAGAAAUAAAUGUUCCAUGAAGUGCCAAAAUUAUUUCAAGUAAAAUAUAUUAUCUCUUUUGAAA